AUGGACAAGGAAUCGUUCAAAGUCAUCAUCGCGGGUGGUAGUAUUGCUGGGCUGUCGCUGGCGUUGAUGCUGGAGAGGAAUGGCAUCGACUAUGUGAUUCUAGAAGGAUACGGCAGCAUUGCACCCCAGGUCGGCGCCAGUAUUGCGAUUUUGCCAAAUGGCGCCCGCGUUCUCGACCAGCUGGGUUGCUGGAAGGCAAUUGUAGAGAAGUCGGAAUACCCAGUUGAUACGUUUACUUUCCGUGAUUCACAGGGAAAGGUCUUUUGGGAACUCGGGGACUUUGACAGGCUGUCGGUUCAACGUCAUGGCUAUUCUAUCGUCUUCCUGGAUCGACGGAUGCUGAUCGAGAUCCUCUACGAGAAAAUUCAGGACAAGUCCAAAGUGAUUACCUCCCAGCGAGUCAACACAGUUGAAACUGGUUCGUCGGGUGUCACAGUCACUACUACGACCGGUGAAACCUACACUGGGAGUAUAAUCGUUGGAGCGGAUGGAAUUCAUUCUAAAGUGCGUCAAGAGAUGUGGAAGGCAGCUGAAAAGGUCGAUCCCACGUGGAUUGAUCCUUCAGAGGAAUCUGCCCUGCCAGCAACGUAUGCAUGUAUUUUCGGUAUCUCUGAAGGCUUGGAGGGAAUCGACAAAGGUACGAUGAGCUCAGUGUUCAACAGAGGUCACUCGUACCUCACCGCCAGUGGACCUGGUAAGCGCUCCUACUGGUUCCUGCUAUAUAACUUGGGGAAGACCUACUAUGGUGCAGAUAUUCCUCGAUUCACCAAGGAAGACGAGGAGAGAGUCGCAAAGGAGCAUUGGGACGAUCAUAUCACGCCUACACUAAAGUUUUCCAGCUUGUACAAAAGCAAAAUUGCCUCGGCAUUCAGCUCUCUACCAGAAUAUUCCUAUAAAAGAUGGCACUUCCAAAGAAUCAUGACUAUUGGCGAUUCCAGUCACAAGUUUGAGCCUCUGACAGGCCAAGGCGGAAAUAGCGCAAUCGAAACCGCCGCGUCCUUGGUCAAUCACCUUGUCUCAGCCUUGAAGACCUCCCAGUCAGGCAUUUUGUCAACGACGGAUAUCUCAAAAGUCUUCGAGGACGUUCAGCAACAGCGUCAAGACCGUGUGGAUACCUUGAUCAAAGCAUCCCAUGCCCGGCAGCGCGUUGAGUGCAUGGAGACGCCUCUCGUGAGAUUCGUGGCCAAAUACGUGAUACCACGCUCCUCCAUAUCAGUUGUCCACGCCAGAUGGAUGUUGACAUAUAGUCCUGCGGUGUCAUUGGACAUGCUUCCGCUGCCGCAUACGGGUCACGAAGUCCCAUAUUUUGACGAGCUUUACAGCCAACCAUCAUCUCGAGGUGUUUUUGGUGUUUUCCUUUACGCUGCAUACUUCUUCUUGGCCUGGCUAGGCUAUCGCCGCUUGUGGGCGGCAGGCGAGGUGAACGGAACAUGGGACCUCGUGGGUCAGGCAGUACAGGGCCAGUCGAUUCCACUUGCGGGAGGAUUCGAAGCUCCUCUUCGCCAGGUGUACACGGGGCUUCAACCUGUUGAUCUGAUUUUGCAGACUCUGGUGACCGUCUUUCUUCCGGUGCUCACCAACUCCUCAAAUCCCGAGCAGCCUUUGCAGACUCUGUACUUCCUAGCCUCGCUCGCCCCGCUCAUCGCCAUCUUCACAGUUGAAGGUUUCCGACCAAGAAAUUCAUGGACUUUACUCGCUAUUCCGAGUCUGUGGGCGUUUUUGUACCAGCUGCGUGGAAUUGGCAUGAUUGUGCCGCUUUAUUACGCUGCCAGCACCUGGGUUUCAGCGGGGUUGCCAUACUUCAGUGCAAGCUCCCGUACACUUCCUGAAUCCACCGCUCGAGCAAUCCUCCCUGCGUUGAUCCUUGGAUUUGUCGUCCCGACGAUCCUGUUGUUCUUCCCAUUGGCCAAUGGGCUGAAUGUGCGACAACUAUUCAUUGCAUUGUGGCAGCCUGCUCCGAUAUAUGUGGUUAUCUUGACACAUAUCUUUUCUCGUGGGAUCAAAUUCGUUUGUUCAAGUACCCCGACCAAGACAUGUACGACCACAAGGAGCAGCAAAUUGAACCGUGACAUCCCGCACCUGCGAACACUCUACGCAAUGGCCAGUUGUAUUUCCGUUUGCUUCCACUUGGGAUUGCUGCUGAGUGGGGUUGCUUUGGGUACAGAUUUCAUCGCAAAGGCAUUCAUCCCAUUCGAUUCCUUCGCACAGGCGACAAGUCUGGCAGAUGGUGUCGCUGUGUUUUUCCAAAACGAUUUCCUCCUUGCUGCGACUGCCACUCUCAUAUGGUCCAUAGCUAGCGUGUGGGAUCUACAGCGCAUCGGUAUUUCCAAUGUUUCACUGUGGGUAGCACUCCCUGGUCUGAUCCUGGGUUUCCUGGCAAUUGGACCCGGUGCGACUACCGCAGCUGUGUGGUACUGGCGGGAAGAGGUUUUGAGCCGCACAAAUUUCCCCCGUGCUGCUUCACGACCUCUUUGA